CCCAAUAAAACCGGAAAAGGCCAGCUCCAUUUCUCCUACAGCAAUUGCCAGCGAGGGACUUGGCAGAGAACGCCAAUUUCUCUUCCUUCAUUUCUCUAGCUCCCUUGCAAAUUCCCUCGUUUUCCUCAAUGGCUCUCACCGAUUCUUCUCGCCAGUCCCUAAUCCCUAGCUUCCUCUAUGCCUCUUCCUCUCCCAAAACCCUCACACUUUCCAAACUCCUCCACUCUAACUCCACCCUGCCUUCCCCUUCGCCGUCGCCGUCACUCAUGAGGAACACCAGCAGCUUCGUGAUCCCCGCUCCCAGCGAGCCUGGGAAGAUCCAGAUGUACUCUCCAGCUUUCUAUGCUGCUUGUACUGCAGGAGGUAUUCUCAGCUGUGGACUUACUCAUAUGGCCGUCACUCCUCUUGACCUUGUCAAGUGUAAUAUGCAGAUUGAUCCUGCAAAGUACAAAGGCAUCUCAUCUGGUUUUGGAGUUCUGCUCAAGGAGCAGGGAUUGAGAGGCUUCUUCCGGGGUUGGGUGCCAACCCUCCUUGGUUAUAGUGCCCAGGGUGCCUGCAAAUUUGGAUUCUACGAGUUCUUCAAGAAAUACUACUCUGACAUUGCCGGACCAGAGAAUGCAGCUAAGUACAAGACCUUGAUUUACCUUGCUGGUUCUGCAUCUGCUGAGGUGAUUGCAGAUGUUGCGCUUUGUCCUUUUGAGGCAGUAAAAGUUCGAGUUCAAACUCAGCCUGGUUUUGCUAGAGGCAUGGCAGAUGGACUUCCCAAAUUUAUCAAAUCUGAAGGCGCUUUAGGGUUGUACAAAGGCAUCGUUCCUCUCUGGGGUCGUCAGAUUCCAUAUACUAUGAUGAAGUUUGCAUCUUUUGAGACCAUCGUUGAGCUGAUCUACAAGCAUGCCAUCCCCACACCUAAGGACCAGUGUAGCAAACCCUUACAGCUUGGCAUUAGUUUUGCCGGUGGAUACGUCGCUGGUGUUUUCUGUGCCAUUGUAUCUCAUCCUGCUGAUAAUCUCGUGUCUUUCCUCAACAAUGCCAAAGGCGCAACUGUUGGUGAUGCUGUGAAGAAGCUAGGUUUAUGGGGUCUGUUUACCCGAGGGCUACCUCUCCGUAUUGUCAUGAUUGGGACUCUUACUGGAGCACAGUGGGGUAUCUAUGAUGCAUUCAAAGUUUUUGUGGGAUUGCCAACCACUGGAGGUGCUGCUCCUGCUGCUGCCCCUGCUGUUGCUGCAACUGAGCUUGCAAAGGUGUAAUUUCGGAAAUCAGCAGUUUUAUUUUGUGUCGCUCUGUGGAAGCUGAGAAAACAAUAGGGAUAAUAAAAGUAGGAUUGACAACUCCCUCUCAAGCCUGUGGAGUUCUUUUACAUUCAAGAGUUACUUUGACUAAUUUUUUUCUCUGGAGGGAUGGUUUUGGUUUCAUCUUUCUAUAAUGAAUACAUUCAAUAGUUAGAUCGUAUAUGAAAUUUCAUUUUAAUGUUAGGAUCACAAUAUCCUCUGUCAGGACAACCAAAAAUAAUGGGCAGAUGAGGGGAUAUAAUUUGUCUUGUCCAUUUCCCUUGCUAUGAAUUUGGUGAAUGAUAUACAUAUAUGUUUUUCCAUGAAAAUUCGUUAUUCCUCA